GCGCGCCGUCGGCGGCGGGCGGCCAGUCAGCAGCCGCUCCGAGGCCGUGGCACCGGAAGGCCCCGCGCGGCGCCGGAGGUGACGUGCCGGCGUGCUGACGCGCGGGCUCGAGCCGAUGCCCGAUUCCGCGCCCGCCAUGGCCGACAAGAUGGACAUGUCUCUGGACGACAUCAUUAAACUGAACCGGAGCCAGCGAGGAGGCCGCGGCGGAGGCCGGGGCCGCGGCCGGGUCGGCUCCCAGGGCGGCCGCGGCGGCGGGGCGCAGGCCGCCGCGCGAGUGAAUCGGGGCGGCGGGCCCAUCCGGAACCGGCCGGCCAUCGCCCGCGGCGCGGCCGGCGGAGGCGGCAGGAACCGACCGGCGCCCUACAGCAGGCCGAAACAGCUUCCCGACAAGUGGCAGCACGAUCUUUUCGACAGUGGCUUCGGGGCUGGUGCCGGCGUGGAGACGGGUGGGAAACUGCUGGUGUCCAAUCUGGAUUUUGGAGUGUCAGACGCCGAUAUUCAGGAACUCUUUGCUGAAUUUGGAACACUGAAGAAGGCAGCUGUGCACUACGACCGCUCUGGCCGCAGCUUAGGAACAGCAGAUGUACACUUUGAGCGGAAGGCAGACGCCCUGAAAGCCAUGAAGCAGUAUAACGGUGUCCCUCUGGAUGGCCGCCCCAUGAACAUUCAGCUUGUCACAUCACAGAUCGAUACACAGCGGAGACCUGCACAGAGCGUAAACAGAGGCGGCAUGACUAGAAACCGUGGCGCUGGAGGCUUCGGUGGUGGCGGAGGCACCCGGAGAGGCACCCGUGGAGGCGCCCGGGGAAGAGGCAGAGGCGCCGGCAGGAAUUCAAAGCAGCAGCUUUCGGCAGAGGAGCUGGACGCCCAGCUGGACGCCUAUAAUGCGAGAAUGGACACCAGUUAAACAGACCGGCAAAUCCGUGUGGACAGGACCCAGGCGUCUCCUCUUGCUCCCUGCUUGGGGAGCGGUGGCUGGGGUUGUGCAGCCAAUGAUGGAUUUGUUUCUUUUAUGUUUUAAAAUAGAAUUUAAAAACUCAUGUAAAGGUUUUUUUUCUUUUUUUUUUUUUUUAUUUCUGAAACAGACCUGUUUUGUACCGAGUUAUUUUUGGGAUAAAUUUUACUGGUUGCUGUUGUGGAGAAGGUGUUGUUUCCACCUUUUCCAUAAUAAAUAGAACUGUGUGUAGAACUGGAAA